CAAUUUCCCCAGCUGAACUCUACGUGAUCCCGCCGAUGAUCAGUUGCUGUGUCUCCCUCCCACCACACAACCACCAUCUGCUGCUCUUGGCCGCUUCCUCCCACAAGCAGUGCCACUCUUUCUUCUUCAUUUCUUCUUCCUCUUCCUCUCUUCCUUCUACCAGUCCUCUCUUCCUUCUUUCUUGCGCCCUUCUUUUCCGUCUCCAUUCACGCUUAUCAAGCUAACCUACGCUCUCAACGGUAACCUGAGAACUGUGUCCUCCGUGCAAAGCUAGUUCCUAGUCUGCACCAUAUCUUGGCUCCUCUUGUGUGGGCGAUCGGCUGUCACACUUGUCGCACUUCACCUACCCGUGGUGGUUCAUUCCCCAGCCUUGAUCCAUGUCGCUCCAGGUGGACGACCCAUGGUCGCGAGGCCGUUCCAAGUCCCCAAGCGGCCGUAUCCGCGAGCGUUCCAAGUCUCGCGAUUAUCGCGAUCCGUCCGCCGGUGAUCCCCGCAGUUAUUACACCUCUGACCUCAAUGAUGGAAAGCUCCGUGCUCGAUCACGCAGCAGAGGUGUAAGCCCUGGUGGCGCUCAUCGGACUAGCUCGCGGUAUGGCGCUACUGGUCCCGAUUUCCAGUCUGAUGGACGGGAAGCCUAUCUGCGACCCGAACUCGGCCGCGAUCAUUAUUAUCAAUCCGAUUCGGGAGAAAGCAAAGGGGCAAGGCGUGACGCCGGGCCGCGCAAUUCACGCCAUCGUCUAUCUGUUCACUAUGAAAGUGAGUCUUCGCUCGACUCGCUGAGUUCGGACGAUGAUGAUGCGCUUGCAUACGGUGAUCUUCCCGGGAGCCGCGACAACAAAACAUACGGAAUCUCAGGUCUCAAGCGUUAUAUGCCUAAGCUUGGUUCUGCACGUCGCAAGGAUCCUGCUAUGAUGUCCGGGGCUCUUAAUAACGAUGCAGCCCACGGCAGCAGGCCGUCGCACUCUCACACCCCUUCGAGAGAAGAAAUCAGAGGUAAUUUCGCCAGUCCCGAGCCUUCCCCCUACGGUGGCUAUCCUGCAUCAUCCACAGCUCAGGCCAACUGGGCACCGGUCCCAGAGUGUGAGCGACCGGGCUUCGUGCCGCCAACUUCUCAGGCGCAAGCUCCAUCCAUGCCCGGGGCAUUUCCGUAUCCUGCAACCACUGAGCCCUCUGUACCUGCUACAACAGCAGCCGCCACUACUUCCUCCGUACGCUACGUGACUCCACAGGGCUUGCAGGAGACUUAUUCAUCGUUUAAUGGCCGUCCACUGUCGAUGCCUGGGGGCAACGCCUACACUCAUGCGGCUUCGGCACAUCAGCGCACUGCUUCGACUGACACGACUGUCAAGACACCCUACGCUGCCCCACCUCAGUACCAAUACGCGCACAUAGAUCCAAAUGUUAAAUAUGCUUCUAAGAGCGCAGCAGAUAGCGCAGCCAAGCCGGUCGCAUACUCGACAACACCCCAAUUCUCCACCAAAACUGGAGCUACUGCAGCCAAACAGUCACAGGUUGCCGAUGUCAAAUAUUCUGCUAACCCUCAAUUCUCUAAGGUGCCUACCACCAGCUCGGGCAAUAGGAUGGAGUACGUCGAAAUAGCGCCUCGUACCACCACGCGUCCUCACAGCCGCUCCGUAUCUUCUGUCAAUAACCUCGCGGUCGAGGGCCCCGACCCGACCGGCAGGCCUGUCAGUCCAAUGCUGGAACCAUACAAAGGCACGUAUCAGAGCAUAUCACCUAUGCCAUCACCGAUCGUCAUUGCCCCCAGGCUGGACGGCGACAUUUCCGAUAUGGAGCCUCUUGAGUAUGAUUCGGAUGAAGAACUCAGGGUACAUAGACGGAAGAGAUCCAAAGAUGAUCGGGAGCGUACGACAUUGACAGUCGAACGCCCAAAGCGGGAGAGCAGCCGAAAGAGGGAGAGCAGCCGCGUGCGGUACGAACACCGUGCUUCUGGGGAACUUGAGAAUGUCGUGGUGAGAACCCCCAGUCGCAGCCAGAAACGCGUGUCUUUCUAUGAUGCGGGUCCGGAUGCCGCUGCGCUUCACGAUGCCCUGGAACGGCCACGGCAUCCCGAUAGAAAGGCCCUGAUCCGCAUACUGCCGCGUUUGAGCGCAGAUGAAAUCAUGGAACUCCGCGACGAGUUCAAAAGACAUAACAAACUGCAUGGGAAGGGAAUCAACAUCGCCAAGCUCAUUAAACUUAGGGUUGGAGUCGACGCCUUUGGCAAGGCGUGCCACGCCACCGCUCUUGGUCGAUGGGAAUCCGAAGGCUUCUGGGCGAAUUGCUUUUACCAGCUGGGCAACUCUAGGCGUGAACUCCUCAUCGAAUGUCUGUUUGGUCGCACUAACCGAGAGAUCCGCGAGAUCAAGAAGGGCUUCUCAGAUUCACGAUAUAAAGACAGUCUGGAGAGGUGUAUGAAGGCCGAGUUAAAAGGAGACAAAUUCCGCACGGCGGUGCUCCUUGUCCUGGAAGAGAGCCGACAGAGCGAGCGUGACCCAAUUGAUAUGCGUCUGGUGGAUGAAGACGUGCACAACUUGUAUGCCGCACUAAUGACACAACAUGGGGGAGAAACGCCCAUGAUCUACAUCAUUGUGCGGCGGAGUGAUUCGCAUUUGCGAGAGGUCCUCCGUGCGUAUGAAAAGAGAUACGGCCACAAUUUUGCCAAAGCCAUGAUUAGCAAGUCCCGAAACCUGGUGGGAGAGACUCUUGCGCAUAUUCUCAAUGGAGCCAUCAACCGGCCGAUGCGCGAUGCUCAGCUCCUCCACCAAGCCCUUCGCGAGUCCCGCCCGGGGAAGGACCGGUCAGACCUACUGAUCUCGCGCCUGGUCCGGCUGCACUGGGAACCGCGGCACCUGGAGCGCGUGAAGGAUGACUUCAAGCAGCGAUACGGGCAGCGCCUGGAAUUGGCCAUCAAGGAAGAGGUGUUGACCAGCAGCGGUGAGAGCGACUGGGCGGAGUUUUGUAUCGAGUUGGCGCGCAGUUCGAAAGUCUUGGCUACUCGGGAUUACUAGAUCUCUCUCACAUUCACUCACUCACCACUCACAGAGAGGAAAGAGAGGGGGUGUCAACGCCAUUUGAAAUUCAAGAUGGCUAGAGGAACAGUAUGAUGAUAUUUUGGCAUGAGUGUUUCAACUGAUGAUAACGACCAUGAUGAUCAAGAUAAUGAUGACGAUGCAAAUGAUAACGAUGCGGUGAAUGUCCAUUCGGGAGGUA